GGCAAAUUGCAUACCAAAGGUGCUCAGUGGGCACGAUGUGCUCGGAUGUGCGAAAACUGGAACAGGCAAAACUCUCGCGUUCGUUCUUCCCAUUCUGAAUGAGCUAGCAGUCGAUCCGUACGGAAUAUUUGCCCUUGUUCUGACUCCCACUCGUGAAUUGGCAUCACAAAUUUUCGACCAGUUUGUUGCUCUCGGAAAGCCUGUCGCCAUAAAAGUCUCUCUCAUCACUGGAGGUAGAAGCUUGGUGGACCAAGCAAACGAGUUGACUGCUCGUCCACAUGUCGUUGUUGCUACUCCAGGUAGACUUGCUGACCACAUCGAGAGCGAUCAAGAAGGAUUAGGACAGCUGUUCAAAAAGAUCCAGUUUUUCGUACUUGACGAAGCUGAUCAGAUGUUAGACGGCCAGUAUAAUGAGCAGUUGAGGACUAUUUUUCUUGCCAUACCUAAGCAACGUCGCACACUUCUCUUUUCCGCAACUAUUACAAGUGCCAUCACGAAACUUCACACGGUCACUGUGAAAAAGCCUUAUUUCUUCGAGGAUAAACAAGAGAUUGCAACAGUGGAACGGUUAGAACAGAAGUUUGUCCUGUGUCCGGUCGCUGUGAAGGAUGCUUAUCUCGUAAUUUUUAUGCUUCAUUUUCCAAAGGCUACUGGUAAGGUAUACGUUGUGAAGAACUACUGUGAACGAAAUGAGAACAGUUCUGUUAUUGUCUUUGCUCAAACCUGCCGAGAAUGCCAAGCUUUAGCCUAUAUGUUUGAUGCACUAGGAUUUAAGGUUGCAUCACUUCAUUCCCAAAUUGAACAACGCCUUCGCAGUGCAGCGCUUUCUUCGUUCCGGUCAAAAACUCUACGGAUUCUUGUAUGCACGGAUGUAGCAUCUCGUGGCCUCGACAUCCCUCACGUUGAUUUGGUGGUCAACAGAACGAUUUCCUAA